AUGCGGCUGCCCGAGCAACCUGGAGAGAGGAAGCUGGAGAAUGAGACAAAGGGGGAGCGAGGAGCCCCCGAAGGGGGAGAGGAGCCUCCGAGGAGCCAGGCCCCCGACUUCCCCACCUGGCAAAAGAUGCCCUUCCACCAUGUGACCGCUGGCUUGCUGUACAAGGGGAAUUAUCUCAACCGGUCCCUCUCUGCUGGCAGUGACAGCGAGCAGCUGGCCAACAUCUCCGUGGAGGAGCUGGACGAAAUCCGAGAGGCCUUCCGGGUGCUGGACCGAGAUGGAAAUGGCUUCAUUUCCAAGCAGGAGCUGGGCAUGGCCAUGCGCUCUUUGGGGUACAUGCCGAGUGAGGUGGAGCUGGCCAUCAUCAUGCAACGUUUGGACAUGGACGGGGAUGGCCAGGUGGAUUUUGACGAGUUCAUGACAAUUCUUGGCCCCAAACUGGUAUCAUCAGAAGGUCGAGAUGGUUUUCUUGGAAACACAAUAGACAGUAUAUUCUGGCAGUUUGACAUGCAGAGGAUAACCCUGGAGGAGCUGAAGCACAUCCUAUACCAUGCCUUCCGGGACCACCUGACCAUGAAGGACAUUGAGAACAUCAUUAUCAAUGAGGAGGAGAGUCUGAACGAGACCUCGGGGAACUGCCAGACGGAGUUUGAAGGAGUGCAUUCCCAGAAGCAGAAUAGACAGACCUGCGUGCGCAAGAGCCUCAUCUGCGCCUUCGCCAUGGCCUUCAUCAUCAGCGUCAUGCUGAUCGCGGCCAACCAGAUCCUGCGGAGCGGUAUGGAGUAG